UAACUUGAAUUCUCCAGGGGUAUUGUGUCUUCUGGUUUUUAGGGUUUAGCAGCAAUGGAGAAACACCCUAAGCCUGUCUUGUUUGUUCUUAUGUUCAUAACAUUGUUUUCUGAUCAGCCUGUUUUAUCUCUUGACUUUGUCUUCAAUGGCUUCAACUCAACCGACGUUUUGCUCUAUGGUAAUUCCGACAUAGAUUCCGGAAUCCUUAAGCUCACCAAUGAAACAACUAAUGUCAUCGGUCGAGCUUUUUACAGAUCGAGGAUCCCGACAAAGACUCCGAAUUCAUCUCAUGUUCUUCCUUUCUCGACAUCUUUUGUCUUCUCCAUGGCUCCUUCCAGGAACAAGGGUAUUCUCCCGGGACAUGGGAUAGUCUUCGUGUUUAUGCCGAAUACAGAUAUCAAUGGGACAAGCUCUCAGCAUCUAGGCUUUUUGAACCUCACCAACAACGGAGAUCCGAACAAUCACGUCUUUGGAGUCGAAUUCGAUGUUUUUUCUAACCAAGAAUUCGAGGACAUCGAUGGCAACCAUGUCGGAAUCGACAUUAACUCGCUCAAAUCGGAAGUUUCCCACAAGGCGGGGUAUUACGACGAUGAUGAAGAGCAAGCUUUUGAGGAAGUGAGGUUGAAUGACGGUAAAAAUUAUCAAGUUUGGAUUGACUAUGCGGAUUCUGUUCUUAAUGUUACCAUGGCUCCUGUAGGAAUCAAAAGGCCUAAGCAUCCAUUGAUAUAUGUUCCUUUGAAUUUAUCUGAUGUUUUCGAAGAUGAGAUGUAUGUGGGAUUCACUUCAUCAACUGGAACAUUGGUUCAAAGUCAUAGGGUUUCGGCUUGGAGUUUUAGUAACUCAAAUUUUCGAUUAAGCGAAAGCUUGAUCACCGAUGGUCUACCAUCGUUUACCGUACCCGAGACUCCGUUUCAUAGGCAUAGAUCGUUUAUUUCAGGAGUAACAGUGGGAAGUUUCUUAAUUCUUGCUUUGAUUGCUAUGUUUUCUCUGUUGUUGAUUAACAGAGAAAGGAGGAGAGCAAGGGAGAGAGCAGCAAUGGAAGAUUGGGAAUUUGAGUAUUGGCCGCAUAAGAUGACAUAUCAAGAAAUUGACGCAGCCACUAAUCGAUUUUCGGAUGAAAACGUGAUCGGAUUUGGAGGAAAUGGAAAGAUCUAUAAGGGUAUUUUACAAGGAGGAACAGAGAUUGCUGUGAAACAAGUUUCACAUGAAAACGACGGAAUGAGGGCAUUCUUGGCCGAGAUUUCAAGUCUCGGUCGGUUAAAACACCGGAGCCUCGUCAGUUUGAAAGGUUGGUGCAAGAAAGAAAAAGGGACGUUCAUCUUUACUUAA